UGACUCAGGAAAGAUGAGGAUGUGGUCCUCUCUUGCCUAGCUGGGUUCCUGAACACUGUGCACCCAAGGUUGGUUGUCUUUGUAGGAGACAUGGGACAUCUGGAAACAGCUUCUGACUGCAGAAAACCAAAAGAAGAUUGACUUGUGCUGCCCCAUGGAAAGCUCCUCUGGAGACACCUUUCCUGUGACAGAGUUGUGGAUAAUGACUCCUCUUCUCCCCUAAGUCGAAUAAGCACCUUGUGCACUUUAAUCUCCUGUCGGUGUCAUCAGGCUGACUGAAGACAGGGUUUUGAAAUCUCAGCUAUAAAGACAUCCAGCCAAAGUCUCAAUCUUGCCUUAACAAUGUUCCAGAGACUGAAUAAACUGUUUGUGGGUGAAGUCAAUACUUCUUCCAACCAAGAACCAGAAUUUAGUGAGAAAGAAGAUGAUGAAUGGAUUCUUGUUGACUUCAUAGCAACGCACGUGGACUCCAAUCUAGACACUUGCACUGGUUUGUCAGCAGCAGAAGAUGAGGAAGAAGAAGACAUCAGUGAAGGGUCACCUACCGAGCAUCCUUCUGUCUUUUCCUGUUUACCUGCAUCUCUUGAGUGCUUGGCUGAUACAAGUGAUUCCUGCUUCCUCCAGUUUGAAUCCUGUCCGAUGGAGGAGAGCUGGUUUAUCACCCCUCCCCCAUGUUUCACUGCAGGUGGAUUAACCACUAUCAAGGUGGAAACCAGUCCUAUGGAAAACCUUCUCAUCGAACAUCCUAGCAUGUCUGUCUAUGCCGUACAUAACUCCUGCUCUGGUCUCAAUGAGGCUAGCUGUGGGACAGAUGAAUUUCAUAACCCAAGUAGUACCAGAGUGGAAGCUCAAAAUGAAAUUGGGCAGCACAUUCACUGCUAUGUUGCAACUGUUGCUGCUCAUACUGCUUUUCUGGAACAACCCAAGAGCUUUCACCCUUCCCAAUGGAUAAAGGAACAUAGUGAAAGACAGUCUCUGAACAGAAAUAGCCUUCGUCGCCAAAAUCUUACCAGGGAUUGUCACUCUCGGCAAGUCAAGCACAAUGGCUGGGCUGUCCACCAGCCCUGCCCACGUCAGUACAAUUACUAAGAAUUUCAAGUUCAGUUGGUUGGUUUCUCUUGGUUUGUGUACAUGUGUGUAGAUAUGUGUGUUCGGAUGCUGAAGAUGCUGUCUCUUUACAGCCAGUUGGUGACCAAUCACAUAGUUGUAUUAGUGUGUUUAGACACUAUCUUGAAAAACCAGAUUUACAUGCUGUGUAUCACAUAAUGCCUUGCUCUUAACAUUUACUUUUUUUGUAAAUUUUUUCAGAAUAUUUUUGGAAACAUAUCAAUACAGUUACAGUGUUUGAUGUUUGGGGAUAUCUUCAAAUCUAUUAAGGUGUACAUGAGUUAGCAUUCUAAAGACGUUUCUUCCCAAGUACAAGAAUAGGCAUCUUUCAGUUUCGUUUUAUUUUGUAUUACUUAAUCAAUCUUUUGAGUAAACAGAAGUUUAUUCUCAGGGUCAGCCAUACACUUUAUUGACCAGUACUUGAUAAUCUUUUCUGUAUAUAAUGAAUACAUUUUUACACACUAACAUGAGCAUUAACAGGUUAUAGUUGCCAUGGAUAUAAUGGAAUUAUGGCUGUUGAAAGAAAACUUGACAUAUUUCUGUGUGUAUGGGGUUUUUUUUCCACAUUAGCCAUGCAGUUCAUUUUGGAAUUCAGGUACAUUAAGUGUUAAUGAACAGUGCAUUCAGUAAUUCCUACAUGGCUGUGUGACGUGGUACAGACAAUACAGGUAUUGUGGGACAAAAGCUCUUGUCUUGUGCAGAGGGAUUAAAUUUGACCUGUGAAAUUGUAUUUGAAAAAAAUGUAUGUCCAUAACUAACCCAUUAGUCCAUUAUUUAAGUUGUUUGGAUUCUUUCCUGCCAACUCUGCCCACUCACCACCUCACAUUAGCUAUAAAUUCAGAAGUACUUGUCCAGGCACUUGAGCGACUUCAUAUGUAUAUCUGCUCAAGGGAAAAGCAAUAGGCUUUGUAUUUCUGAUGCAGUAAUAAAUCCUCUGCCUUGGAGCCAGCCCUGUCAAGUGGCAGGCAAAGAUGAGAGGAAAUCCUUUUCAUGGUAUCUGCAUGAAGAGUGGCAGGUUGGCUUCCUUGAGUUUUCAUUUUUUGUUUUAAGUAGGGUUUCAGGCAGAAUCUGUAACCACUUUGGCCUCUGUUACUCUCACCAACAGGGGAGCAGUUGUAGUCACCUUCCGCACAGUCGUGAAGGCUGAAUCCCGAUUUGAAGUGGGGCUAUCCAGAACUGAACCUUGAGUGAAAUUCCAAGGGCCUCUCCACUGAACCCAGUGUUGGAGGUUCGGCCUGUGACAAUUUUUCUGCCACAGCUGUUCUUCAGUGUUGGUGCUAAUGGGGCCAGAGCGCAGCAUGCACUGCACGCACGGGCUAGUUAACACGACACAGAAAAAAAUCGGUUUCUUAACCUCUAGCCAGUCACUUUGUUUUUUAGCAGUUGUGAUAGGUUUUGCUGAGCCAUCCACACUCACCAGUUUCCUCAGAGAUUUAGUUAAGCACAUUUACAAUCCAAAGCACAUUGUACUGACAGAGCAGUAGCAUCACCUUCAUAAUCAAAUAGCUUAUUCUUCUGUCUCCUCUGAAACCCUAAUUAAAUAAGUACACAUCUCUACAAUGUUUCAAAGGAAAAGCAGCAUAUAGUUGUGUGAAGUAUUAUUCUAUUUCUCAGUAACCCUGCAGCAGCUUGGUGCAGGGAACCAUGAGAGACCUUUUAUUAAAUGAAGAGCUGUGCUCUUUUCUAACUAGACUGGGAUGUUGGAGUCAGAAGAGGUCAGAUAGCGUAGUUAGAUGGUGGUGUUAGGUGGUUCUUCCACUGGCAUUGAUGAAGUGCCAGGAAAUAUCUCUUUAGAACAAGAGUCUAGAUACCCCUUCUCUCCUUAUUCCCCUUCCAUUUCAACUACCCCUUUAUUUAUUUGCUUCUAAUUAAGGGCCAAGUCUGUAAAGUUUUGUCAAACUAAGCUAGAAGUUAUUUUGUUACUAUUUGUGUUUACCUGAGUUGGGAGGUAAGAUAGAGUUUUCAUGAAGGUGUGUAUGUUUUACAUCACGUCUGUUAUAGGGUCAUAUGUUGGUAACUUGAAAAUAGACCAGCUAAGUGUUUUCUGGAUAUAAGCCUCUGAAUACAUAGGAGUCUCUUUUUUCAUAUAUUACAUGAAAGUUUUUAGUACCUCACGAGCUACAAAAGUUCAGUCAUGAGAAUUUGGCAGCAUGAACAGAUUUCUAUAUAAAACUGCAGUGAUCCUUUCGUACUAUUUUUUUCAGAUUUCAUGAUACCUUAAAUACAUUUAUAUCUCUGCAUCAGUUAUUGCCUUUUUGUUUUCCCUAUCUAGACCUAGUUUUUUAUGUUUUGUUCCUGGAAGACAAAUGAUUUUCAGUCUUUGGGAUGCUUUUUCAGGGUAAGGGCUACCACACUGUCUGUGAUAUCAUACUGUGGUUUCUGUCUUACUUGGCACAUGCAAGAAUUGAAGAAAGUGGUUGCAUAGUUCAUUUGAAGUUCUUGGACAUUAGAUGUUUGUUAGGCAUCUACUAUGUCUCAGACCAGUAGUAACACAGAAUGAUGUUGACCUGUUAAGUAUUCUUUGAAACACAGCCAAAAUGCAACUUAUUCUAAGUUAAUUAUUACUUGCUGUUAUAAAUAUUAGUGGUUUACAAUGUGCUUAGUGCAUAUCCUUAAAAAUUCAGGCAGUGAGAAAUAAGACCCCUCUGAAUUUAGUGCUCUGAUUGUUUCUAAACUGAUAAUAUAGAAUGUUACUUGGAAAAUGUCUGGAAUAUGUGGUGCACACAAGCAGUGCUCAUGAAUGAGUUUCUUAGUUUUUAUAAUGCACCAUGUUUCUCAAAGUUUGUAUUUUUGUUAAUAAAACAUUUUAUAAUGUUUAUGCUUAUUUUUCUUCCUCAACUAAUUGAAUUAUGUACUGCACUGUAAGUUGAAGAUUAAUAAUCCAUUAUUUUAUCUUUUGUGGCAAUGCAUUUAUAUGGUUGUUUGGGAGAUUUUUUACAGAAGGUGCAAAGUGAUUGGAUUUUUAACUUCCUAUUCCAGGGAGCUUUUUUUAUAUUAAUUUUCUGUUAAUUUUUCUAGUUCCCAUGCAAACUGUUCCUGUUUACAUACCUUCUCUGUUGUAUCAGUACCUUGAUUCUAGUGAGAAGACAGUGUACUUAAAACCUGAGGGGGCCGUUCAGCAUUGCCUGUUGUUUUUACUUCUCAAAUUUGUGUAGUACACUGGUUUGUAAUCUUUGUAUCUUUGUCAAAUCUGUCUUUGCUAUUUCCCUUCCUCUUUAAGAAAAUAUAUUGUCUUUAUAUCCUCUUAAAAGAGCAAAGAAGAAAAUCUUAUCCUCAUUUUCUCUGAGUUAGAAACAAAAAAAGAAAGUGAAGGACUCCUGCCAGUAGAUAUUUAAAUUUAAAUAGAUUAGUGGAGAAAGUUUAAUAAGAGUUUCCAAGUAUUAGUUUUUGUUUUUAGAAUCAGUUAAGAGACUGCUCCUUGUCCUGGAGAUACUAGCAUAUGUUUGUAAUGUUACCUUAAAAUUAUCUUUUUAUUUUAUAAGGCCCAUACAUACUGAUUUAAAUUCUUCUAAAAGUUGAGUUACUAUCAUGGAUGGUUUUAUUGCCAUCAACCAUGUUGAUGCAUUGUAAAUGGCUUCCUUAUCCACUUACUUUAAUGCUUAAAAUUUUAUUUAAAAUGCUUUAUUUAGAAAACCAACAUAAUGCAAUGGUGUCAGCCUUGCCAUGCACCAAUUUCACUUGAAAUUUGA